CAAUAAUCAUUUUUAAACGCUAUUUUGUAUUUGUGCUAAAAAAAUAUGAGCGAAUGGCAGAGACCUGCUAGUGUCCCUUUUCCUUCUAUAUGGAGGAAAUUUGAGGGGAAAAAUAUGGUUGAUGGCAAAAAGAGGCAGUACUGGGUUCAGGAUUUAACGGACGAUCUUCUGGAGCCGGCUAUUGACUACAUGUGCACUGGUUUUAUGGAAGACGAAGCUAUUUGCAAAUAUAAUAAAUACAUUGAAGACCCCAACGCCAUUGAAAUUGCUAGGCAAUAUUGGAAAAACCAAGCACAGCAAAAGUUGUGUCUAAUAUGCUUGACAAAAAAUGAUUUGGGACGAACUGAAAUCGCAGCAGUUAACAUGACAUACAGGUCAUAUGAAAAUGAACCUGAUGAAGAAUCUAAGAUAAAAAAUCACAAAAUUGACACUUUAACAGAAAUGAUAAAAUAUAUCUACACUAAAGUGGAUGUUUAUAAAACACUGAAUAUUGAAGACCAGUUAACAGCUUGGGGCUUAUAUGUGGUGCCAAAGUAUAGACGAGAUGGAGUAGGAGUAGAAAUGUUAAAAAGCAGGGAAGCUUUAUGUCGUGCAGUUGGUAUCCCAGCCACUUUGACCCUGUUCACUUCACUAACCUCACAGGCUGUGGCCAAAAAGUCCGGCUUCACAGAAUUGGUAGACGUAACUCAUGACGAAUUGGAAAAAGUGAACCCUGAUUUCGUACCACCCGGUAUACGAGAAGCCGCCAAAUCUAUGAAGUACAUGUAUAUUGUUUACAACUAAUUUUGUGACAAAAUAAAACCCAACUGUAUCUCUUAAUAGUUAUUUAUGUAUUAAGGGCAUAAUAAGGUUUUUAUGGUCCGAGGCGCUAUUUCGAGCCCGAGCGCGUGAGCGCGAGGGCUAGAAAAGCGUCGUAGGACCAUAAAAACCAGUUAUGCCAGCAAUGCAUACAAAACUUUAUGCACG